CUUGGUAGUAUUCAAAAUUCUCUACAUAUUCUAACUUUGCAAAAAUCGCUUAAUGUUUGCAAAAUUAUAUAAACUUACCAUGACCUAAUUAACAAUAGUGCUAGGGAGAUUUCGCGUUUUCUAUUAUUAGGGUGCAACAUUUAUUCGUCUUUGUGCCUACGUAAAACUUAAAAAUAGGAAUAGGAGAAUAGCAAAGAGUUAGAAUGGUUGCUCCCACUUACAAUAAGUGACACUAACCAUAUAAAAUUGAAUUAGCCGAUAGCCCAAUUGAAGCAAAAAAAAGCAGAUCAUGGUUUCAAAAAUAGCAUCAAAACUUGUUAUUUAUCCAUUUAUACUUCAUUAAAUCGCUCAAUUACAUUGGUUAGUAAAACUAUAAAUAGUAGACAAUUAUCCUUUGAAGAAACUCUUUUUGCUUUUAUAGUUCUAUCUAAUAUCUAUAAGUCGCUCAUUAUCGUUUAAAUUAUAGAAAUUAAAAUGAAAUUUUCUACUGUCAUUACUACCUUAAUUGUUGCUGGAUUUGUUUCUGCUGCUGAAACUUCUUCUUCUGCAGCCAAGACUACUUCCGCAGCCAAGUCUGAAGCUAAGUCUGAGGCUAAGUCUGAGGCUAAGUCUUCUGCUUCUGCUUCUGCUUCUGCUUCUGGUUCUGCCUCUGCCAAGGCUUCUUCUGCAGCCUCAAGUGGUUCAUCUUCUGCUGCUGCUAGUUCACUGAAGGCUGAAGGUGCUGUUGUUGGUUUAGCUGGUGCAGGCUCAUUAGCUGCUUUAGCUGGUGUUUUAUUAUUAUAGUUUGGUAUAUUUGUAUAUCUAUAUUCUACAUUAAAUACCUUUAAUCUACAUUGUUUUACUUCUAC